AUGGCAUUCUUAGAUGUCGGUGUUGUAUUACUUAUGUCAGUUGGAAAAUGGUACGAACAAAUUAUUUCUGUAUCUAUAGCUAUCGCGAUCUUCAUCAUAGCCAUUUUGCUGGAUAUAAAGCUACAAGGUUCAAAAAUGAAAUGGAUGAUAAUCUUGUUCACCAUUUGUUGUGUGUUUGCUGUAACUGGGUUGAUUUUCUUUGUUUUCGGGGUGAUAUAUAAAAGUAAAGGUUUACUAGGUGCAACCUUGGUUUGUUGGUGCGGUGAAAUGUUAAUUGUGAUUACAUGCACAAUAUAUUAUCUGGACAGCUACCGCAAACGAGAACAGUUUUCUACACUGUACUGUGUUUUCCUAUUGAUGUAUGAACAUAUCUUACUUGUCAUUAGUUUACAAUUUUCUUUAAAUGAACUCUUCGAUUGUAUUUGA